CUCGACGCUUGUAGUGCUAGUAGAAGAUGGUUAGCUACAUAAAAGAUCGGUAGUGUAAUAUUGUUCAAACACAGUUUUUUCUGUUGUCGAAGUUGAAGCGCAGGACAAGGACAAAGGGAGACUUUUCAUCUCCUUCACAGCAGUUUCACUUUUCUUUACAGAUCAUUCCUGGAAGUGAUUUUGAAAUUAUAUGUAAAUCAUUCAUCAGGAUCCAUGUCUUUUCUUGCCCAUGAUGACAGUCAGGAGAGUCUGACUUCACUCCCCAACCGGGACACAAUGGGCACCUUCUUCCCUGACAGCAGUGCCUACGAGCUCCUCGCCGUUAUAGGCCGGGGUUUGGAUAAUUUGAUGACUGUGAACCUGGCUCAGUACAGACCCACCGGGGAGCACGUAGCCGUCCGGCGGAUUGACCUGGAGUCGUGCACGAAUGAUAUGGUUACCUACCUGCAGGGUGAACUACAUGUUUCCAAGUUGUUCCACCACCCCAGUAUUCUGCCCUACAAGAGCAUCUUCAUAGCUGAAAAUGAGCUGUGGGUCAUUACCCCCUUCAUGGCUUAUGGUUCAGCCAGAGAUCUGAUCUGCAGCCAUUUCACUGAUGGUAUGAGCGAGAUGACCAUCGCCUACAUUUUGCUCGGCAUGCUCAAAGCUCUUCAGUACAUCCACCACAUGGGAUACGUGCACCGGAGUGUGAAGGCGAGCCAUGUAUUGAUCUCAGCAGAUGGUCAGGUCUGCAUGUCAGGUCUGAGAAGCAUCUUCAGCCUGAUCCGUCACGGCCAGAGAGCCAAAGUUGUCCACGACUUUCCUCAGUACAGCGUCAAAGUGCUGCCUUGGCUCAGCCCAGAGGUGCUCCAGCAGAAUUUGCAGGGCUAUGAUUCUCGGUCUGACAUCUACAGCGUCGGCAUCACAGCCUGCGAACUGGCCAAUGGACACGUGCCCUUCAAAGACAUGCCAGCUACACAGAUGCUGCUGGAGAAGCUGAAUGGGACAGUGCCAUGUUUGCUGGACACCACCACCAUACCUCCCGAGGAGUUGUCCUUGAAGCCGUCCCGAUCUGGGGCCGACUCCGGGAUCUGUGAGGGUCCCGGAGCCGGUGUGCGUCACACUAACGGAGAACACUCCUCCUCAGGUCAUCCCUACAAUCGCACCUUCUCCCAUUCCUUUCAUGAGUUUGUUGAGCUAUGUCUACAGCGAGACCCUGAAAAGAGACCUUCGGCCACCACACUCAUCAGCCAUCCAUUCUUUAAACAGGCACACUGUGGACUUCUCGGGGCUCUGAUGUGUAAGAUGGACCGGCACCCCAUGAGGGACAGCUGUCAAAUGAGUCAGUAUUUAAAGGACCAAAGACUGAUGACCAGCAACAAGUCCAAAAACCAGGAUCAAACGGCGGCCAUCAGAGGCGCUGCCUGACCUGCUGCAGCCUGUCUCGCCCAUCACCAGCUUUGAGAGCUCCCAGCUGCAGGACUCACCUUCUGGACUCGCCAGUCUGGAGUCGGGUCUCAGCCAUCUGGAGGUAGACGACUGGGACUUCUGACGGCGGAGGGCACAGGGGGAAGACUGAUUCUGACGACGGGAAAAAUUUCAAGAGCAGACAGAAGGAUUUUUUUGCUUCUGUGAUGGCGUCCUUGUAAAUACUUCAGAUAUUCUUGGAGGUUAAAAGCCAGCAGCCAUUUUGCCUCUUUUGGAUGCGUGUCGCACUCAUAUUCCCACCCUGUCAAUUUCUGCACUGAUGGCCUUGUUCGUGCACACACACAUGCACCAGUUUACAAAUGUUUGCUUUUUAAGCUCUAUUCUUCCUAAAGUUUGAGAGGAAGGUCGAUACACUUGCCAGUGUCAUUGCCCAACGCUCACCCUGGAUGGGAUUGGCGCCAAGCUACUACUAGACUUUUGGGGGGGUUCUUGUUUACCUGUCUGCUCACCAAGUCCACUUCAGGAUGGUCACCAGUCAUCUCUGGUCCACAUGGAAGAUGUUAAUCUGUAUGAAGGGAUAAACAAAUAAGCCCCGUGGUUCUUUGCUCCGCCCCCAUCACUGCCUAAUGUACUCACGGCUUUUUGUUGAACUGAAGGUAAAUGUAGCACGUUUAGUAUUUUAACCCUCAGUGGCAAGGUUUUGUUUUUUGUUUUGACGCGAUGUCGCACAUCCGUAGUGAAUGUUGCAUCAGCACGUAGAGUUACAAAUGUUAAAAUGUUACGUAACACUGUUUGCUUUGAUGUUUAAAACAGAACUGUACCAAAAAUAAGGCAGCAGCUUAAAAACAAA